AUGGAUGUUCAACAGCUCUUUACAGUUCUUAAGAAGGAAGCUGAAUGCCCACUGUGUUUGGAGACAGUCAAUAAUCCCAAGACUUUGCCAUGUAUUCACUCUUUCUGUCUUGAGUGUCUUGACAAACACGCAAAUUUUGCAAGAAGACAGCUACAAGCGACAAUCAAAUGUCCGGUUUGCCAGACAUCUUUCCAAAUUCCUGAAGGAGACUCGUUCAAGAAUUUGCCUGCAUCUUAUCAUCUCAACCGAUUGGUGGAUGUUCUCGCUCUAAAAGAUGGCGGCACACAGACCCGGAAAUGCAGCAGUUGUGAUGAAAACAAUGCUGCUUCCUCUUACUGUUUCGUCUGCCAAAUAUUCCUCUGUACUUCUUGUUUUGAAGCUCAUCAGCGCCUAAAGACCACAAGAGGUCAUCGCAAUGUUGUGAUAGAGAAAUUAAAUGUGCAAGAUGUUCAAGAGUUGAUC